UACUCUGCAAUGGGACAAAUGAAGAGAUGUGUGCAAGCGCAGGGGGAGGCAAUGGUGUCGGCAAUCUCUUUAAAGCAUCCAUGGCACACGUUCUCUUUCUGAUCCGGCCUCAACCGUUCCUGGCUCUCCUGGGGAGGAGGAAAAUGUCACUAGACUUUGGGGCGCGCGAGGUGUUUGCGGCGGCGCUGGAGGCUGUGCAGCCGGACAUCGCCAUCCGGCAGAAUUUGGAGCGCCAUGGCAACUCCUUGGUUUGCGGCGGUCGCAAGUUCCCGCUGAAAAACAAUGUGCACAUGGUGGGCUUUGGCAAAGCAGUGCUGGGCAUGGCCACCGAGGCCGAGAGGAUUGUGGGAGACCACUUGGUGGGGGGGGUCAUCAGCGUGCCGCAUGGCAUUCAGCAGGCAUUACGGCAGCAUGGCAAACACCACCUGCUUUUAAAGGAAAGCAGUUUCAUCCAAGUCUUGGAGGGCGCACAACACAACCUGCCCGACGCCGACUCCCAGAAGGCAGCAGAAUGUAUCGCUCGGCUAGCAAGCGCAUUGACAGAGAAAGACCUGCUUCUCGUGCUGAUUUCAGGUGGGGGCUCGGCGUUGCUACCCGCACCCAUCCCGCCAAUAACCCUGCAAGAGAAACUGGACGUCACCCGCAAACUGGCGGCCGGCGGCGCCACCAUUCAGGAGCUUAACACGGUCAGACGCGCCUUGUCCGUGUUAAAGGGCGGAGGACUUGCACAGUGCGCUCACCCGGCUCAGGUGGUGGCGCUGAUACUGUCGGACGUGAUCGGCGAUCCACUGGACCUGAUAGCGAGCGGCCCCACAGUGCAGGGUCCAGUGUGUCGUGAAGAGGUGCUGGUGGUCCUCGAGCGCUACGGGUUGCUGGACUCUGUACCUCCUUCUGUGAAGGACGUGUUGGGGAAACUUCGUCCGGGAGAAGAAGUUGAAAUGAACAAGGCGGGGCACGUUCUCAAUACCGUAAUUGGUUCCAACAGCAUUGCUCUCCAGCACGCGGGCCGCCGGGCGCUCGAGCUUGGUUUCUGUCCAAUUGUGCUAUCACCAGGAGUGUGCGGUGACGUGAGGUCAGUGUCUCGUCUUUACGGCCUCCUGGCCCGCUUUGCCUUAUCUCAUGGGGAAACGCCGUCUGAGCUUGGCAAAGAGGUGCUGAAGCUGGGGCCGGAGGUGGGCGUGGAAAGUAGGGACCUUCGUCUCGCCAUGCAGAGUUUGGAGCAGGCCCGUUCACAGGGACGGGGCGCCGUGUGCGUGCUGGCGGGGGGUGAGCCCACCGUGGAGCUGACGGGUAAUGGCCGUGGGGGUCGCAACCAGGAGCUGGCUAUGAGAGUGGGACUGGAGCUGAGAGGCUUGCAGCUCUCUCUAGAUAGUCCCGUCUUCCUGAGCGGUGGAACCGAUGGCCAGGAUGGGCCCACCGAGGCGGCCGGGGCUGUCACCGAUGCGAGGUUGUAUGAAGACGCCCAAAAACAGAAACUGGACAUGAGCAGUUUCCUUAAAAACAAUGAUUCUUUUACUUUUUUUACACAUCUUUCUGGUGGACGUAACUUACUUGUACCAGGCUUAACCUGCACCAAUGUCAUGGAUGUGCAUAUCCUGCUAAUUCCACAAAUUGCCAAAUAGGACUGAGAGUAUACUGGAGCUGAAGCCACUACACAGAACUGUUUCUAUUUGUGGGGGUUCAGGACCAUGGGCCCGCCCGUGCCCCCCACAAAUGUUUCUAGUUCCCUGUAUUAAUCGUUUAAACCCAAAAUACAACACAAACAAUAUUCCUAAAACACUUAAACCUAAUACUUUCAAAUUCAUCUUAUGACAUUACCCCGAAAAAUAAAUAGCUGACAUAUGAUUUUAUAAAAAAAAAGUCAUCAGAAUUGUUAGCAACCUAUUAAAAAAAAACAAAAAAAAAAAAACAAUUA